GGCAGCAUGCUAGGAAUGAGUAAAAAUAAAUUUAAAAGAAAUCUGGCUCAUGGUUUCUUAGGGAACUUGAUGACAAUUUAGGAAUAAAGCUGUAAACUGCAACAUCUCAAAUAUCAUGUAAAGAUGGAAACACUUGGCAGAGCAGUAAGAGUUGAUGUCUUCUGACUUUUAUAUCCUCUCAACCCCUUCCAAAGUCAGCUCCCUUCUCCUUACCGUAAUAACUUUAUCCCCAAAUGAACAGCUAUCACUGAGGGACCCUGGUGAGCAGCUCUCGGUAUUUCACUUGGAGAUGCCAUGUGACAUUCUUAAUUUCCUUUUACAGCUUGUUGGCAUCGGAGGAGUUGCAGUAUUAGCAGAUGAGCACGGUGAAAGUUCUGUAUGCCCCAGCCACUUCCAACAGGGAGAAUUUGAAAAAGGGCGCAUCUACACAUUCAUUGGAGAAGUCGUGGUCUCUGUGAAUCCCUACAAGUUGUUGAACAUCUAUGGGAGAGACACAAUCGAGCAGUACAAAGGGCGUGAACUGUACGAGAGACCUCCGCAUCUUUUUGCCAUUGCUGAUGCUGCUUACAAGGCUAUGAAGAGGCGAUCAAAGGACACUUGCAUUGUGAUAUCAGGGGAAAGUGGAGCUGGUAAAACGGAAGCCAGUAAGUACAUCAUGCAGUACAUUGCGGCCAUCACCAACCCCAGUCAGAGAGCGGAGAUUGAAAGAGUGAAGAAUAUGUUGCUUAAGUCCAACUGUGUCUUGGAAGCUUUCGGAAAUGCCAAAACCAACCGCAAUGACAACUCAAGCAGGUUUGGAAAAUACAUGGAUAUCAACUUUGAUUUCAAGGGGGACCCUAUUGGUGGACAUAUCAAUAACUACUUACUGGAGAAGUCUAGAGUGAUUGUGCAACAGCCAGGAGAAAGAAGCUUUCAUUCUUUCUAUCAGCUACUCCAAGGAGGUUCAGAGCAGAUGCUCCGCUCUCUGCAUCUCCAGAAAUCCCUUUCAUCCUACAACUACAUCCAUGUUGGAGCCCAAUUAAAGUCGUCUAUCAAUGAUGCUGCAGAAUUCAAGGUAGUAGCUGACGCCAUGAAAGUCAUUGGCUUCCAGCCCGAGGAGAUUCAAACAGUGUAUAAAAUUUUGGGUACUAUUCUUCACUUGGGAAAUUUAAAGUUUGUAGUGGAUGGUGACAUGCCUCUGAUUGAAAAUGGCAGGCUUGUAUCUAUCAUAGCAGAAUUGCUGUCCACCAAGACAGACAUGGUUGAGAAAGCCCUCCUUUACCGGACGGUGGCUACGGGUCGUGAUAUCAUCGACAAGCAACACACAGAACAGGAAGCCAGCUACGGCAGGGAUGCCUUCGCUAAGGCCAUAUAUGAGCGCCUUUUUUGUUGGAUUGUUUCUCGCAUCAAUGAUAUUAUUGAGGUCAAGAACUCUGACACCACCAUCCACGGGAAGAACACGGUUAUAGGUGUCUUGGAUAUCUACGGCUUUGAAAUCUUCGACAACAACAGCUUUGAACAAUUCUGCAUCAAUUACUGCAAUGAGAAGCUCCAGCAGCUGUUUAUUCAGCUGGUCCUGAAGCAAGAACAGGAGGAGUACCAGCGGGAAGGGAUCCCCUGGAAGCACAUUGAUUACUUCAACAAUCAGAUCAUCGUGGACCUCGUGGAGCAGCAGCACAGGGGCAUCAUUGCCGUCCUGGAUGACGCCUGCAUGAAUGUCGGCAAAGUCACCGAUGAGAUGUUCCUGGAAGCGCUUAACAGUAAAUUGGGCAAACAUGGUCAUUUUUCCAGCCGAAAGCUCUGCGCCUCGGACAAAAUCCUGGAGUUUGAUCGAGAUUUUCGAAUUCGACAUUAUGCGGGUGACGUGGUCUACUCUGUCGUUGGUUUUAUUGACAAAAACAAAGACACUUUAUUUCAAGAUUUCAAGCGCCUCAUGUAUAACAGUUCAAAUCCUGUGCUGAAGAAUAUGUGGCCCGAAGGCAAACUGAGCAUUACAGAGGUGACCAAGAGACCUCUGACUGCCGCCACCUUAUUUAAGAAUUCUAUGAUUGCUUUAGUAGACAACCUUGCAUCAAAGGAACCAUAUUAUGUACGUUGCAUCAAACCCAACGACAAGAAGUCCCCACAGAUCUUUGACGAUGAACGCUGCCGGCAUCAAGUAGAGUAUCUUGGACUCCUGGAAAAUGUGAGGGUGCGUCGGGCAGGGUUCGCCUUCCGCCAGACCUAUGAGAAGUUUCUUCACAGGUACAAAAUGAUCUCUGAAUUCACCUGGCCCAACCAUGACCUCCCUUCAGACAAAGAGGCUGUCAAGAAACUGAUUAAACAUUGUGGCUUUCAGGAUGAUGUAGCUUAUGGGAAGACCAAAAUUUUCAUUCGAACACCCCAAACACUGUUUACCUUGGAAGAGCUCCGUGCCCAGAUGCUCGUAAGGAUUGUCCUCUUUCUACAAAAGGUGUGGCGGGGCACCCUGGCCCGUAUGCGGUACAAGAGGACCAAGGCGGCUCUGACAAUUAUCAGAUACUACCGGCGCUACAAAGUGAAGUCGUACAUCCACGAGGUGGCCAGACGCUUCCACGGCAUCAAGACCAUGCGGGACCACGGCAAGCACGUGAAGUGGCCAGCCCCGCCCAGAGUGCUUUGCCGUUUCGAGGCAGCCCUACAGGCUAUUUUUAAUAGAUGGAGAGCAUCCCAGCUCAUCAAGACCAUACCUGCUUCAGACCUGCCCCAGGUUAGGGCAAAGGUUGCGGCUGUAGAAAUGUUGAAGGGUCAAAGGGCUGACCUUGGGCUCCAGAGGGCCUGGGAGGGCAACUAUCUUGCUUCGAAGCCAGAUACACCUCAGACCUCAGGCACCUUCGUCCCCGUUGCGAAUGAACUGAAACGGAAGGACAAAUACAUGAACGUCCUCUUUUCCUGUCAUGUCCGUAAGGUGAACCGCUUUAGUAAGGUGGAAGAUCGAGCAAUUUUUGUCACUGACCGUCACCUGUAUAAAAUGGAUCCCACUAAGCAGUACAAGGUGAUGAAGACUAUCCCUCUAUACAACUUGACUGGUCUGAGCGUCUCCAAUGGGAAGGACCAACUGGUAGUGUUCCAUACAAAGGACAACAAAGACCUCAUCGUCUGUCUCUUCAGCAAACAGCCAACCCACGAGAGUCGAAUUGGAGAGCUGGUUGGAGUCCUGGUGAACCAUUUCAAGAGUGAGAAGCGCCACCUUCAAGUCAACGUCACCAACCCUGUGCAAUGCAGCCUGCACGGGAAGAAGUGCACCGUCUCCGUGGAGACACGGCUCAACCAGCCGCAGCCCGACUUCACCAAGAACCGCUCGGGCUUCAUCCUCAGCGUGCCGGGCAACUGAUGCGCAGGGAGGUGGGGCCAUCCGAAGCCCGCCCGCUAGGCUCCACGCUGGGAGGGGCCCCCACCUCCCCUGCGGCCCCUCCCCGAGGCCCACCCCCUGCUUUCUGCCUUUGGCCUCCGUCUUCCUCCGUCCCAACUGUCCGCAGACCCCUCAGCAAACCAAAGACCCCAUGUCCUGCCCAGCCCCUAGCCACCGCCCCACCCCACCCCCCACCCCCGACUACAGCUCCCCUGCAGUCAGAGAAGGCCGCCCGCUGCCAGGCCAGGUCAGCCUGCCUGACCCCGUGACCAGCAGCUGGCCCUGCAAGGCGAGGGCUUGGGGAGCCCGGAUGCAGUUUCUAGCCAAAGCCAUGCCCCCGGGUCGGGGGAGGUUUGGGGGAGAUGAGCUGGGGAGGUAGCCCUGCUCUCUCCCUGGGCCCAGCUGCCCUCUCCCCAGGGUGAUGGCAGCCCCAUGCCCUGGCUCAGGGAGCUUCUCAGAGCUCCUCGUGGACCCCCUCCCCACCAGCAGCCAGCCAAGACCACCAGGUGAGCAGGUUCACCUGUAGGGCCAGCCCCUCAGCCCAGGAGCCAAGGGCCGGCAGUCUGUCCUGCCCAGAGCCUGCCCCCAGCCCCGCGGCCACCUCCCCAGAGAGCGCAGCACAGGGGAUGCUCCAGGGAUCAUCUUACUUAACCGCACAGCCUGGGCCGUGGUUGUCCUGCACUUACUUUUGCAGUUUGCUAAUCAGAUAUCAUGUCUGCUGUGCCCACACUCGUGUCAGGAACGCUAAUUAAUAAAAUAGAAUGGGGGGUGGGGAGCAGGGGAGCAAUCCGGGGUUUGGAAGUUGCCCCUCCAAACACCUCUGCCUCACACUCACGUGGAGAACCAGGACUGGGGUGGGAGGGCCUGAGCCCCAGGAACUUGGGGAAGUGGAGCGACAGAAACAGUGCGGGGAUCCUGGCACUGCAGGCCAGGCCAGGAGAGCCGCCGCCUUGCCAGUCCCUGCCCGGCAGAGAGCGCGUGUGCUCCAGAUGCUUCCGGGACCACCCUCCUCUGAGGCUCAGCCGAGGAGGACGCCACACACCCCCUGGGCAGCCCGGGCCUCCCGGCCUGGAGCCUUAGAAAAAGGAAAGACUCAGGCACCCCGUGUGGUCAGGGGGCUGAGGGUGAGCCCACGCCCCAGGAGGAGCCGAGCAGGACGUCAGAGAGGGACGUGCUGACGUUUUCUCCGCUUUCUGCCAGAGGCUCCCCCUGCCACCCCGACCCCACAAAGCAUACCAGGUGCCACCUCCUGUGCCUGCCACGUCCCCCUGGCCGGCUCCCAGGUGGUCCCAGCAGCUUGGUCUCGCGCCUGCCCCACCCCUGCUUCCCAGGGCUCGAGCACAUUCUCACCCCGUGCAGUGCACAGCAAAGAGUCCCGCCGGCAUCCUGGCCUUGGAAACCCAUUCAUCCUCCAAGCCUGGUCAGCUGCCCGCACAGGACCCCGUUCAGCAGCGCCCAUAGCUUUGCCAAUCGCCUUGACACUAUCGAUCCAUCUUAACUGGAACAUCACCUCUCCUUUCCACUCGUUUCCCCAAACUUGUUGCUUUACUAGAUACAUGGAAAUGUAUGUUUUAGACACACCAAAAAGAACAUGCCAAACAAGUGCCGUUCAGAGGCUGGAGAGGACGGGGGCUGGAGUCCUGCCCUCCCACCUUUUGGUGUCGCCUCUGGUCCCUGAGCCCUCAGCCGGAGCACCACCGCCGUCCACAAGCACUUUUUCAUGAUGUCCUACAGAAAGUCACAGUGUGUGGCAACUGAAGAAAGAAUUUCGGGUGUGAUCACAGCGCUGAGGGGAAGGCAGGAGGACACAGUGAUUGUAUGCGAUGAAGUGUUUCUCUUGAUUUAAUUAAAUGCAGUUUUAUGGUUUGGUGCGUAUAUUCCUAUUUUCCAUUAAAUUAACUUUAUUUCUAAAGCAUAUUUUGAUUUAUCAUCAAGAGCAAUAAAGCAUUAAAUCUUACGUUUAAAGGUGU